UUCAAAAAAUAUAAAUUUUGCAGUCUGCAUAAUGGGCGAUGGCUACAUUAAAAGUGCUUUCAGUUUUGUUUUGCAGAACAUACCGACUUUACUUCGUUAUUUUCGCGGCUAUUCUAAUUCUUCAAAUUUUGUUGGCUUUCAGUUUUUAUAAAAUACAUAUCGAUGAUGGAAAAAUUCUUGUUAAAUCUUCAGAUGGGAGGAGUAAUGUAAAUAAGAAAAUUAUUGAUAAAGAGCUGAAGACCAAAAACCUCCUGAAUGAGCCGGGUAUUGAGAAGUACAUUUAUGAUUAUUUGGUAGAUGAUGAAGAUCGACAAAGCAAUGUCAUAGAUAAGUUUCUUAAAGACAGUAGUAGUAGAAACAUAUCACCAAAAGAUUUUGAGAAGCACAAAGUCAUUGAUAUUGUUGUGCCUGCAGAGAAGGAUUUGAAAAAUCUUAAAAUAUUGCCUGGCAAAAAACUUGUAGAAAAUAGUCUGAAUGGUUCAAGAAAGUUAGAAAAAACUGAUGGAGUUCUUAAUGUAGACGAGUUAGAUUUUCAUCCUUGGUGCAAUAUUACUACUAAAGAAGCUGUAUCUGCCAUCCAUCGUGCCACAACACAAGCUUGUAAGCAUGAGAUUGCUAAUAUUACGUGCCUUAUGCAGCAAGGGAUGCUGUAUCCAAAGAGAUUACCUCGUUAUUGUCCUUUAAAAGGUGGAGUGCCAUAUUCUCAUAUUGGAUGUUUCAGGGAUGAUGCACAAAAUAGAUUGUUACCUAAUUUGUUUAGAAAAAUUACCCACAAUUCUCCAGUCCGAUGUGUUGAUUUGUGUUUGCAAUCUGGUUUCCAAUAUGCUGGUGUGCAAUAUAGAAAAGAAUGUUACUGUGGCAAUACAAGACCACUUUCAGAAUUUAAAGUAAAUAAUAGUAUGUGCAAUAUGCCCUGCCCCAAAAACUCACCAAGCACUUGUGGUGGAUAUUUUACUAUGAAUGUCUUUCAUACUGGUUUUCCAAAUAUGGUAAAGCCUGAGCCAAAGCCUGCUGUGCAAGCAUUAGGAUCUAAUUCAAUCAGAGUUGUAUUUCUUUUAACUGUAAAUGGUCGUGCCGUCCGUCAAGUUUAUCGCCUUAUCAAGUCACUGUUCAAUGAAAAACAUUACUUUUACAUACAUGUUGAUUCACGACAAGAUUAUCUUUAUCGUAAACUGAAAAUUUUAGAAAUGAAUUUUCCUAAUAUACGUUUGUCAAAAGUCCGUCUAUCUACCAUUUGGGGUGGAGCCAGCCUGCUACAAAUGUUGUUAGUUUGUAUUUCAGAGUUAUUACUCAUAAAAAAUUGGCAUUGGGAUUACAUCAUCAACCUCAGUGAAAGUGAUUUUCCAAUUAAAUCUCUGUCAUCCCUUGAAAAAUUUCUAAUUGCAAAUAAUGGGAAGAAUUUUGUUAAAUCACAUGGUCAAGAUACACAAAGAUUCAUUGCCAAGCAAGGACUUGACAAAACUUUUUACGAAUGUGAUACUCAUAUGUGGCGUUUGGGAGACAGAAUCCUACCAUUUGGAAUACGAGUGGAUGGUGGAAGUGACUGGAUUGCCUUGCAUCGCAGUUUCUGUUCAUAUGUAACUCAACAAAACAAUACUCUUCUGCAUGGCCUUAUGACUGUCUUCCGUUAUACAUUGCUCCCUGCAGAGUCUUUCUUUCACACUGUUCUUCAAAACAGUGAGUUCUGUGAAACUGUGAUUGAUAAUAACUUACAUGUCACAAACUGGAAAAGAAAGCAAGGAUGUAAGUGUCAGUAUAAACACAUUGUUGAUUGGUGUGGGUGCUCACCAAAUGUUUUUAAGCCUGAAGACUGGCCAAGACUUCAGGCUACUGAAGACCGUCCAUAUUAUUUUGCCAGAAAGUUUGAACCAAUUGUAAAUCAGCAAAUCAUAGAACAGGUGGAAACAUGGAUUUAUGGUCCAAAGAAAAGUGUCAUUAAUUUAGACAGCUAUUGGCAAAAUGACUAUCAUUUCAAAGACAAUUCACCACCUGUAGAAGAUUCUAAAGUCAGUAUGUAUGAAAGUUUUUCACGUUUAGGAUUAAAACAACUUCAAACUGCCCAUAGAGCUUGUAAAGUCAAGUUCCUGUCUACUUUAGAAGCAAAUUUAUAUAAUGUAAAUGAUGUUUUUAAGGGAUUACUCAUAAUGUAUGAAGCUCAAGCCCUUGGUGUUGAUAAACCAGUAAUAUUAGAAACUCAAGUUCGGCCAAUUCAACACUAUAUUGUACAUAAAAGUGUAGGUCCAACAGGAAGACUAAAAUUUUUGCAGGUUGGUUCUGAAUACGAUUUAAAAGAACAAUUAUUUCGAAACAUUGGCCGAAUAUUGGGUCCUUUCUCAGAACCUGGCCUGAUUCACAAAUGGGGGCCUGGACAACAAUUCUCUGCAACAUUUGUUUGGGUAGAUCCUACAAAUACUGUAGCUGGAUCAUAUGAAGUCAAAAUUGAUGCUGGAAAUCAGGUAUUAUACCAUAAGCCAACAUUUCGACAGCCUCUUCUGCCUGGUACAUGGACACUGAAGCUUCUUUAUUCAUGGGAAUUAGUUGCAGAAACCCUCUUUCUUGUUAUCCCUCUGUCUGUUUACAGUGCCCAUCCCAUUUCAAGUGAACAAGUAAAGUUUCUUCACAAUGGGCCAGGUCAGCCAUAUGUGGAUCAUGACUUUACGAACGUUGAAGCUGUGCUUGGAUUUACUAACAAAAGCACUUUGUUAAGGCAAGCUCUUGCUAACUCAAGGCGAUAUGGUAAGGAUCUCAGAGAAUGGACCGAUUCUUUAGUUGGAAACUUCUGGAGUGUUCAAGACACUUGUUUUGUGAAUCAGCCUCAGCAUCCUACUGGAGGAACAUUGUGUUUAGAUUUAGAACUAGAUCCUUGUCACUUAACCUCAUGGAGUUCACUUUCAGCUGACCCUAAGUCAACUAUCAGUGGUGUGAAUGUAAAUACCAGAACCACAUGA